AUGGCUUCAGAUAGAGGCGCUCCCAAGAUUUCCAUCCCCUCCGAAGCCGACCUCAAGCAACUUACCGAAGAUGAGCGUCUCAUGCAAGCCGCCCAGGUCGCCAAGGCCGCCGAUUCGGCGCAAUGUAUGGUCGACAGCCUAAAGUCCAAAGCAGCCUUGUUGACCGACCCCAAGGAGCGAGAGAGGGUUUUGUCAGAAAUGUACGAUCAAGAAAUCGAAGCGAAAGGCCUCAGUAAGAAGGCGCGGAUCCUGAAGAGUGGGACUUUCCAAGGAGCGGCGCGGGAGGCGCAGGGAUCGGCGCGGCAACAGGAAUUGGAUUGGGGACGCUGGUUGUGUGACUUCGGUGCCGACGACGGCUCUGGGGGGUUUGGUGGGAGCAGGGGCUGGGGGGAUUCAUGGGCCGUGGAUUAA